ACAUAUUCUAUAGGGCUAUAUCGACAAUUCCUCCAUUAAAGCAAAGAAAAGAAAGAGAGAGAGAGAGAGAGUUAGUAAUUGAUCCACACCCACAACCAAAAUAAAAAUGAGAGUGAAAGCACUUCUGAAAUAGGUGACGAUCGAUAAUAUUGAAUGGGAGAAAAAGAAGGAAUGGUUGGGAUUCCCAAAGUCAUAAACUAUCUAUCCUCUGUUCUACAGAGAGUUUCAGAUUCCAAUGACAAAGAAAACAGGAUGAUUACCAAAAGGAAUAAUUCAGGUUUUGAUGGAAUAUCAAGACCAAGCAUUUCCAUACAAAGUUAUUUAGAGAGGAUCUUUAAGUAUGCAAACUGUAGUCCAAGUUGCUUUGUUGCUGCUUAUGUUUAUCUUCAUCGCUUUCUUCACAAUCAUCAUCCUUCCAAUCUUCAUAUUGAUUCCUUCAACGUUCAUAGACUUCUCAUUACAAGUGUUCUUGUUUCUGCCAAGUUCUUCGAUGAUCUGUAUUACAACAAUGCUUACUAUGCAAAAGUUGGUGGAAUAAGCACCAUGGAAAUGAACCAUCUUGAAUUGGAUUUCUUAUUUGGUUUGAGAUUCCAAUUAAAUGUAUCACCAAACACAUUUCACAUUUACUGCUCUUAUCUCCAAUCAGAAAUGCUAUCAACAACACAACCCAAACUCCAAAUCCAAACACCUAUAGAACAGCUCCAUUCCUUCCCAGAAGAUCCAGAAGCGCGCUUGACGGUUUGAGCCAUCUCGGCAUCUCGAAAUCAUUUUUGUUAAAAGGGAUUGUUUUCAAAUAUAGGAAAAUGAGUUAAAAUAUUUAUGAAGGUAACAAAACGUGGUUGUUAUUUCAUAAAUAUUUUCAACAUUUUUGUCGUUUUAAAACAAUUUUCUUUCCUAAAAUCACUUUAAAACAUGUUUUUGUUCAAUUCUAUAUUUUUAUAUUUGAUUUUCGUUUUGAAUAAUUAAAAGCAUGUUUUAUAGUGAUUUUGAAAGUGAUAAAAGUGAUUUUAAUCAGCGUACAGUAGAUGAUUAGAAAGUGAUCAUAAUUGUAAUAUGAAGGCUUUUAUUUGUUGAGUUAUGAACCUUAUUAGGGGCAAAUGUGGGAGUUCCUUUGAAAGCAUUUUUCUUUGGGCCAAAAGAAGAAUGAAAAGUUUAUUCCCUAAAUGGGUUUCUUAUUUUGUUACCCUAAUUUGCUUUCUUUCUUGUUGUUGGACAUUUUUGCCCCUUUUAUGUGUAUUGUGUAGAGUUGUAUUUGGAUGAUUUGUAAGAUGUUAUGAACAAUUAUUUGUAAGGAUAGACAUUGUAAGUUGUUUUGAUUUAGCCAAAUAAAUAAUUUAAAUGUUUGUAAAA